UGCAUUUCCUGCGGACCUAGGAACCGAGGCCACUGCUUCGGCCCCAACAUCUGUUGCGGAGAAGAGCUCGGUUGCUUCUUUGGCACAGCAGAAACCUUGCGCUGCCAAGAAGAAAAUUUUCUCCCGACCCCUUGCGAGUCUGGAAGGAAACCAUGCGGGGGCAACGGAGGAAUGUGUGCUGCUUCCGGCAUCUGCUGCAAUCACGACGGUUGCAUGGUUGAUUCCACAUGUGAUCAAGAAUGA